GGUUGGAAACAAGCUACGUUUAAUCAAGCGACUACAUAUGGAAAGAUCACUUCACUUAGUAUUACUGAUCAAAGAGCUAGUUUACCGAUUUAUAAAUUACGAGAUGCAUUGGUGAAAGCUGUGAAAGAGAAUCAAGUGUUAGUAGUAGUAGGAGAUACAGGAUCAGGUAAAACUACUCAGAUGACACAAUAUUUAGCAGAAGAAGGUUUAGCUGAUCGUGGUAAGAUUGCCUGUACUCAACCUCGUAGAGUAGCAGCCAUGUCAGUGGCUAAGAGAGUAGCAGAAGAGGUCGGUUGUAGGUUGGGUCAGGAUAUGGAAUGUUACAAAGAGAAGCUCUAGUGGAUCCUAAUCUUACGAAUUAUUCGGUGAUCAUGUUGGAUGAAGCUCAUGAGAGAACCAUUGCUACUGAUGUACUCUUUGGUCUAUUAAAGAAAUCGAUUAAAAGAAGACCGGAUUUAAAAUUGAUCGUCACCUCUGCAACAUUAGAUGCAGAGAAGUUUUCGAAAUACUUUUACGAAUGUCCGAUCUUUACGAUCCCAGGAAGAACUUAUCCAGUCGAAGUUUUAUAUACCAAAGAACCUGAAAGUGAUUAUUUAGAUGCAGCUUUGAUCACGAUCAUGCAGAUUCAUAUUUCAGAACCACCGGGAGACAUUUUAUUAUUUUUAACAGGACAAGAAGAGAUCGAUACAUCAGCCGAGAUUUUGUAUGAACGAAUGAAAGCCUUAGGACCACAUGUACCUGAAUUGAUUGUUUUACCGGUUUAUUCUGCAUUACCAUCUGAGAUGCAAACCAAGAUAUUUGAACCAGCUCCACCAGGAGCAAGAAAAGUGAUCUUAGCUACUAAUAUUGCUGAAACUUCCAUCACGAUUGAUGGGAUUUAUUAUGUAGUAGAUCCAGGAUUUGUGAAACAGAAAGCAUGGGAUCCUAGAUUAGGAAUGGAUUCCUUGGUCGUCACACCUAUCUCACAAGCACAAGCUAGACAAAGAUCAGGUAGAGCAGGUCGGACUGGACCUGGGAAAUGUUAUAGAUUGUAUACUGAAGCGGCUUAUCGAAAUGAAAUGUUACCGACUUCUAUACCUGAUAUCCAACGUCAAAAUCUGGCUCAUACGAUCUUAAUGCUUAAAGCGAUGGGAAUCAAUGAUUUGUUGAAUUUUGAUUUCAUGGACCCUCCUCCUCAACAAACUAUGAUUACUGCUUUGGAAAACUUGUAUGCUUUAUCUGCUUUAGAUGAUGAAGGUUUAUUAACUCGAUUAGGUAGAAAAAUGGCAGAUUUUCCUAUGGAUCCAGAAUUAUCAAAGAUGUUAAUCGCAUCAGUCGAUUUAGGUUGUUCAGAAGAAGUUUUAACGAUUGUAGCCAUGAUCAGUGGAGCCACGAAUGUGUUUUAUAGACCAAAAGAAAAACAAGCGCAAGCUGAUGCGAAAAAAGCAAAGUUUCAUCAACCUGAAGGUGAUCAUUUAACUCUUUUAGCUGUUUAUGAUGGAUGGAAAGUGAGUAAGUUUAGUAAUGCUUGGUGUCAUGAAAAUUAUAUUCAAGCAAGAGCCAUGAGAAGAGCACAAGAUGUAAGAAAACAAUUAUUAGGAAUCAUGGAUAGAUAUAAACAUGAUAUAGUGAGUUGUGGAACGAAUUAUAAUCGGGUUAGAAGAGCGAUCUGUUCUGGAUAUUUUAGACAUGCAGCUAAGAAAGAUCCACAAGAAGGUUACAAAACUUUAGUAGAAGGUACACCUGUUUUUAUUCAUCCUUCUUCUGCUUUAUUUAAUAGAGCUCCUGAAUGGAUUAUUUAUCAUGAAUUAGUUUUAACUACAAAAGAAUAUUGUAGAGAUGUGACGGCCAUCGAACCUAAAUGGUUAACAGAAGUAGCACCUACAUUCUUUAAAGUGGCAGAUGCAAAGACGAUGUCGAAAAGGAAACGGAAUGAAAAAGUGGCUCCAUUGUUUGAUAGAUUUGCAAAGACUGAGAAUGAUUGGAGGAUAUCGAAAGUUAAGAGAAGUACUAGGACUAGUCAAACUUUUGGAUAAAAGUUUUGGUUUUUUUAAUAAAGGUGUUAAGAGAAAGAAAUCAAUGUAAAAAAACUUGAAAGGUUCAAAAAGGUGUCUUUUGUUUACUUGUUUUGUUUUGAAUAAAAAAGAUUUCUAUAAAUCAAAAAUGAUCAUGAUGUAAAAAGAUUUAUACAAAAAAAAGUUUUAAAUAUACCAAAAAAGUUUUUAAAAAAAGUAAUAUGUAUUCAUUAAGAUUUUUGAUUUCUUUUUGUUAAUAAUAAGUUUAUGGGAGAAAACUCUUUGGUACAUAAACAAUGAUCUAAAGAGAGUUGAUUUAGUUGAUUGUUAUUAUGAUAUGAUUUUUGAAAUGGAUAAAGUUUAGAAUGGG